AGGAUUCCACUCCUGUUAGCCGUUACCCUGUGGAAAUAAGAAUGAUACUAACCGGUAGAGCUGAAAUUCCCGAUUUCAACACCCUUGAACAGGAAAUGGUGAAAGAAUUCUGUAAGUCCCCACGAAAGGUGCAAUGGAGAGGGGGGUAAGUAAUAAGAAUACUUAAAAUUAAUAAUUAUACUUAAAAGUAAUAAUUAUAUAUAAUAAUUAUUUAAAAUAUUAAUAUUUGCAAUAUAUAUAUAUACGAGUAGAUUUGUGUAUACCAUACCUGUAGAUUUUAUUUUUGUGGAGGUAGCCAAUCUUUAAAUGGAGCUAGACUAUGCCACAUUCACAUACCCAGAGCCCGCCUUAUACACACGAUCAUCAACAGAGCAUGACAAGGACGCGGUGUACGAGAAUGGGUUUGCCUCAACAGUCAACUGCAGAUCAAAAUUUAGCCUCUGAACGAGAGCAAAAUGCCAAGUGUGUCAAUGUCCUGUUUAUGCGCAUAUUCUGGAUAUUUCAGUCUUAUUUAAUACAGCGGAAUAUAGAAGUGCAUUCUGAGAGUUCUUGCAGUUAUUCCAGUUAGUCAGUAACUCCUGGCUUAGAUAACAAGCUCCAAAUGAUUUUUGGAGUUAGCAACACAGCAAGUAACUUCAACCUUACAUGUAUGUACCUAGCGGCUGUAUGCUGACUCGCCUCGCUUAACACAUACUUUUUGGAGUUAGGCAGUAACUCGAGGCUUAAAUACCUUGUUUUUUCAUGAUUUUUGGAGUUAUACGUAGCUCUAAAUGAUUAUUGGAGUAAGCCAAUAACUCCAGCCUUAGAUGCCUAGCUCCUAAAUGAUUUUUGCAGUUGUAUACUUAUAUAGCUCCAAAUCAUUUUUGGAGUUAGCCAGUAACUCCAGAAUUCAUAUUUCAACUCUUGAAUUACACAAGUUACUCAAGUGUAUAUUUUGGUUUGGAGUUAGCCCUUUAGAGCUUGGAGGUAGCGUCGCUCCAUAACUUCCUACUUUCUACAGGCAUGGUGUAUACGAAACGCAAAGAGUGCUCAAUAUCAUAAAGAUAGAGCAAAUGAAGAAUUUCGCUUACCUCAAAACGACAAACUGAAACAGACUGUUGCGGAAUUUUGAGGUAAGCGAAAUUAUAUAGAUACAAAAACAUCUCUCUUAACAAAGAUUUACUGUAUUUUCCACAAAUUUCCAGCACGGAAAAGUCAUCCUUCAACUACUUGCUCCUCGAUCCGCGUGUCACCCUCGACUUACCACAGAGAACUAAGAAACUUCCGUCGACUGAAGCAUUUCGCUGUUUCAUUCUGUCGAUCUUCUACGUUGGCAAAGGGAAACGCUCCAGACCCUACGCUCACCUCCAUGAAGCUAUUAAGUACGCAAAGAGUAAGGUACGUUUUACUGAGACUAAACUAAUUCUAACUUCUUGUAAACCUGGGGCAGGUUGUAUAAAACUCUUAAUCACUUUUUUAAUCACUAUUUUGUAGUUAAAUAGUGAUUAACUCUCGAAUAGGCGCUUCUUAUUCGGAUGACGUUUCCACUUAAUUAUAGUUCACUUUAAUCACUUUUUUAUACAACCGGCCCCAGUUGUUAGCCAAGAGGACCAAUAUGAGACUUCCUUAUAUGGCCACUGCAGUUAUCAUAUUUAGCCCUUCUUGAGUCCCCAGUCAAGAAGCGCUGAAAGAAAUAAGCCCAUGAGGCCUUCAAUUUAUCCCCACCUCUUAAUAAAAUUAAUCUUAAUAUCUGAUCAAUUAUCAAUCUUUACUGAUAUUAAAACACUAUUGAUUUACUUUGAUAUGAUCGUUUUGUCAGAAGGACUGCCUUGGAGGACUCCCCCAAGAUUAUAUGUUAUUCUUACUUGUCAAUUAUUCAAUAUUUCUAGUCCAAUCAGAAACUAGACCAGAUAUGGGACAUCUGGAGAGAUGGUAUGGGUGUCAUUUCGCUUCACUUGUUUCAAAGUGCCAUUCCUGUAGAGGCUUUCACACGUGAAGCCUGUAUGGUCGAGGCUCUAGGUGAGUGCUAUGAAGAAAAAAAUGCUUGCCAUGACCAUUAAACCUGCACGAAUGUCAGAGUGGGCGAAGGGUACAGUUAUUUCCCUUCCCCCAACACUUUUCAAAAGGUCUCCUGAAGAUUGUCAAUUUGAAAGAAACCUGGUUGGAACAAAAUGUAUUUAACCAUGGAAGCCUGAUUGACAUUUUUAAGGGUAUUGUAAUGCAUUAAAAUUGAACCAAAAAGGUUCGACGUGGAAAUUUGUAGCAACGAUUAAUGGGGAUUGGAAUAUAUUGGUAACAUAAAUCCACUCCCCAUCCUCAAUGAUUUAACUUAGUGUUUACAACUGAGGUAAACCGCGUAUUUUUGUUUCAGGGCUCUCCCAACUGACCAAUCAAAAAAGAGGAGAAUAUUAUGGGCUUUGCGCCAAUCUUGACUUGAAAAAGAAACGAAAAUUGGGUAUUUUUCUUCUUCACAAAGCAUUUCAAAUUUUCUUGCAAGAAGGUGAAAGGCAAAUAUGCCAAGAAGAUUUGUAAAGAGGUAUGUUGACAGUGACAGUCAAGUCCCAAGCAGUGAGCUCUCUCCUUCUCUCUAUGACAAACUUAAGCCGAAGGUUUCGUUUUACAUUUGAAUCAAUGUUUGCUCAAGCUAGGCCAAAAAAAAAUAUGUGGGUUUCCGGUUUCUUCUUAUAAAAACUUAGGUAGGGUAGGCACGAUCCAAUAAAAAAGUUCAGGGUCGGGAUUUCGACGUCCAAUAGCUAGGUAGGGUCGGGAAACCGGAAACCCACAUAUUUUUUUUUUUGCCCUAUGCAUAUGACUACCAGUACAUGUGUAACUGCAAAUGCAUGUACGGGUAGAUGCGCACCCACCCCCUCCUCCCCCGCCUUAUCUCAAGAAUUACACUUUUCAAUGCACAUGUAUUAUUUAAUAAUUUUUAAUAAUAUCACAUCCAAUAAUUUUUAUACUAAUAACUUAUUUACGGUUACAAUGUUUCACUUUGCUAUGACUAUAUGUACAAUUGAAUAAACUAAUAACUAUAUCACAAUGUAUACAUCAAACUGUGUUGUCGGCAGCACUCCCAUUGAUGUCUAAAGGAAAACGAUUGCAAAAUAAUGAGUUUAAAGUUAAAAAUAACACACGAUCGAUAGAUUGUGCAAUCUAUUUAGAAUCAUAGAUUGCAUACAAUUAAUAGAUAGCACAAUGUCGGAUCAAUAUAAAUUUUGUUGAUAUAUCGAAACCAUGUCAAUGUUAUCGAUGUAUUGAAACCAUGUCAAUGUUUUCGAUUCCUCGAAACAUAUCAAUGUGAUCGAUCUAUCGAAACCAUGUCAAUGUGCAUUCUCUUUGAUCUUGAGCCAAUCACAAACUAGGAUUAAGGCCCAUUUCCACUUAGGAACAUUUUUCGCAGAAAGAAAAUUUUUUUAAAUGUGAUUGGCCGACGAAAAUUUUCCGUCCGAAAAAAAAUUUGGAGUUUUCUUGAGUGGAAAUGGGCUUUUGAAUCAAUUGUGCACAAAACAUUUACCUAAAAUGAAAUGGGUACUUCUUAAUUAAUUCAUCGAUCAUCAGUAUCCUCGCCCUGAUGACUCGGCCCUUGUUUAUUGCUAUCCUUACGAACAAGGGAAACCUUUUCAUUUUCCGUCUUCUUCAAUGGCUUUUCUUGCUCUCGUGCAUCUUUGAAUGUUGACGCUUUUUGAGAUAACUGCAUUUGAUUGCAUUUGAUUACAAAACAAAACAACAUGGUCAAACUAAAACAUAUUAGCAUAUACUCGGGAGGUUCCAUUCCAAAAGAAAUUAGAGAGGGCGAAUCCUUUUCUUCCUUUCGAAAGAAAAUCGCUACUUACAUUGAUUGAUAGCUAAUGUAAAAUAUAGAUGUACUUGUAAAUAGAUUAUUACACUUAUUGUCUAGUUAAUUACGUUAUAUGUAAUACUAUAUAUCUUAUAUAAUUUUGUAAAUAGCUUCCAAAUUUUUUUACACAGUUUGUAUACUUGUGUACACGACCCUCGUGGAAAUCAGCCUCGGUUGACGGGGUCAGCGUGUUUAAAUAAAGUUUUUCUAUCUAUAUAUCUGGGUGGGUAGUCCUAUCUAUAUAUCAAGGUGGGUAAUUAUCAAUUAUUGGAUGAGGUUGAGCAAAAUAUCGUGAUUUGUCGGUGGCGAGCAGAUCAAUUAUUUGCCGAAUGCAGAGGCAAAUAAUUGAUCUGCGAGCCACCGACAAAUCACAAUAUUUUGCGAGAACCGAGUUCAAUAAUUGUUUUAUCAUUCACUUAUAAAGCUUCAUUUUAUCUUUCGUUUAAUAUAAGUUCGCCGUCUUUCUUGCUUCUGCAUAAAACUUGCGAAGGACGUUGGCAAGAGUUUCUUUUGAGCCAACUAGAUCGUCUUCGUUAAUUUUUCUUGCUUCUAUAAAUGCUGGCGAAAGACAUUGACGGCGGUUUUAGUCGCUUUUUUUAUUUUCCGCGUUUUUUCUUCAAGUAAGCAAAACAACUCAUUUUCCGAAAGUUCAGCAAAGCGAGCCGUCAUUGUUUACAAAAAUUGAAGGCAAUGCGCAUGCUCAGACUAUUAUUUGUAGCUGAGCAACGUUUUUAACAAAUGCGCAUGCUCAGACUAUUAUUUGCACGCAGUUAUUUGCAGGUAAAUUAACCUAUCAAAAUUGAGAAUACUAUAAAGUUAUCUAUAUAUAGCUAUAUAUAUCAGCUCCGGAUAUCCUUACAAUAUUUAUCUCCGCGCAAAAACAAAAUUAUUUCUUUUGGUCCAGUGACGAACGAGCAAAUUUUUUUUGCUGAACGAAGCUAAAAGCAUCCACAAAAUUCCAUUGUCAUGCAACAGAAAUAUACAGUCGAGCUAGGCAUGUAGUUUAAUUUUUUGUUCAUUAUGCCUGGCAAAGAUUAAAGGUCAUAUCCAAUGGAGGUAAAUGCAUUUAUCCUACACGCUGAGGGCAACAGCCAAUACUAUUUUUGAAAAAGGUUUGAUAUUUCACCUAUUUUGUUACACGAUAUGUCAGUCAAUCAAGCAUAUAGUCAAUCUAGACAUGGUUUAGAAACACGACAAAUCAGCCACUAUUUUAGUACGUGUGCCUUCGACAACAAUCAGCUCUAUAUACUCAAAACCCAAUGAACUUACAUAUUCUAUUGUUUUGUGAUUUUGAUCCUAGGGCAGGUUAUGUGGGGUUAACAUGUUCUUCAUUCCACCUACCAGAAUAUGAGCUCUUUCUUGGCCAUCAAAUCCUUCGUCAUCAACGUUGUCCAUGGCGAAGUGGUUAGGUCUCACCCGCCUAUUUCGAGGAUAGCACUUCUAUAAAAUUAAGAAAAGAUACAUUUUACAUUCUAAUGAAGAUAUACUUUCAUUUCUCGGUUGAACUAAAAACAACACUAUUUGGGGUAAGUUACAGUCAAACUACAAAAACCGCUUCUCGUUAGUGUAUCUGUUACCAUUCACAGUAUCUUGUUCUAUAUUCCUGUAGCGGGUUCCAAAAUUACGGGAAAACACGAAC